AUGGGAUUAAACUCUAGCAUCGAAAAAUGCGAUCAUGAAAGUGGUUCUCAGUGUUCAACAUUGAACAUUGACCGACAACUUGACGCAAUGCGAAAUGAAGUCAGGCAACAGGAACGUUUAAUAACUGAGAAGAUCAAACAAGCGAUGACGGUAAAGGAAGACACAUUGGUUAUGAGAUAUAGCGACCUCAAAGAUGUGACAGAAAUAUCUGCAGCUAUUCAGGAGAUCUUUAGGGACGAGCCAGUAGCUGUGCAGUUUCUAAAGGAAGCCGCAAUUACGAUGAUUGCCGAGUUUCGCAACAAUUCCACGACGAAGGAAUUAUCGCGCUGUCACCAAGUGAAGAAG